AUGCCGCUAAAUAUACUUCGAGGACUCUUCAGAGGCGCAACGCGUCGUGUUAUGACAGGAAAGAUGGGAAACAAGAAUUUUUACAAAGGUAUUUUACCUCAUUACUGAACCGAGAGCCUGUGAUCGCCGUUUUGAUAAUCAAUUAUUAUAACGUUAUAAUUUGCAAGACCAACUGUAAUAUCUCAUAAUUUAUGAGAUGUAUAUGUUGCUGUUGGUCAUGCAAACUAAUCUGUUUUACUACGUAAAUUGUAGAUAACGCAAAAGAGGUUUUAAGGUAGUUCUGGUCUAUCACCUUUGUUGAUAGAAAGGAACAUACAAUCCCCUUAUUUGUAAACUGCAAAAAUUCUACCUUCUCACGUGAUGAAGCUGCAUGUAAAUUAAUGCUCGAUGUUCAUAAUGACAGAGCACCUUCAAAUAUCAUGAAACUUUUGACGAGAACUUCAAACGUCCAUAAAUAUAUACUACUCAAUCAUCAACGUCACCAAACUGAGGAUUCUUAUAUAGAGCCUAAUGAGACAAUGCUAAAAUUCAAACACAGCAAAAUUGAACCAAAUUGAACCAGUUCUACAAUUUACAUAUCGUACACUUUAAAACUCUAGAACUUCUUCUCCUUUACAAUGGACAUCUGUAAUUUUCCUUUUUUUCUUUUCUUGUUUAUCUUUUUGUCUUUUUAUGUUAUACUUCUUCAUUUCUGUUUUAUUUCCAGUGUAAUUAAAUUAAGUUUGUCAAGAAAAAAAAUUUGACCCGCCUCGAUAAGCAUUUGCUAUCUGUGGAUCAAAGGAAUAUCUUGUACAUAUGUAAGAAAAUAAAAAUAAAAGUGUGUGAAAAGCUUAGGGGCAGCUGUAAAAUCUGGAACCAUGCAAUGGUGAUACCUGCAGCUUUUUUGAUUUGUAUAGAUCAGAAGCAUGUAUAUACAAUACUUCACUGUAGUUUGUAAUGGUUAGCAUCAUGGCGAUACUUGAAUUCUUCUUUUCUAUAACGUUAAAACAAUUGAAGUUGAAGACUCUAUCAUUUUUUGCAGGGCGAGGAGUCAGAAACCCUGGAUUCCACACAAGAAGAGGUAACUUAACCCCACUGCUUGUAUUCAGUGUGUGUGUUGUUUUCUAGGCCUAUGAGGGAGAUGUGGUGGCCUUCAUCCACCAGACUCGGAAUGAGAUGGCUGAGUCAUUGCAUUGUAUUCUUGGACAAAGCACUUUACUUUCACAGUGCCUAUCUCUACCCAAGAAUUUAAAAGGGUACCUGAUACUUAAAAAAAAAAAGAGAACAGGAAAAAAUUUAUUUGAACAUAUGAAACUAAUGAGCCAAUCGAAGGCCCACAAAAAUAUACAUGCAGAUGGUCAGGGAAGCCAGAUGAAAUGCUGUGGAGGGGGGAGAGGGGGGGAAAAUCAUGCAAUGGACUGGUAUCCCAUCCAGGGAGGAAGGGAAGUAAUAAUCCUUGUCACCUCAUGCUAUGGAAAGCGUAGCCUGCAGUGCAGGCGUCUUAUUAGGGCAAGUUAACAACAAGAAGCAUGUGAUGGUUUAUUCAACCAGCCAUGUUUGAGUUGGAGUUAGAGUUGACAAUGGAGAAAGAGGGCUGGGAAAGGCAAAAAUAGAAUAUUCACUCCCCCAACCCCUCCCCAUUCCUUAUUUUUUACUGUUGCUCACCCCCUUGGUACAAAUUUUUUUCCCUCACCUUCUGCUGCCAUUGAAAUUAAAGAUGGAGGCCAUAAUUCUUUGCUAAGAAAAUACUACGCUCUCGCUUGCCAAAAUUUCGCCUGCUCUGCAGGCUGUGGAAACUAGGAUAAGUUCUGGCACAAUUGGCCAUGAUGAGUACAGACUUUCUUUUUGAAUGAUAAAAAUGCAAAGGGCUGUUAGAUUAGGGUAAUUUAGUUUAAUCAACUUAAUUGAUAACAUAAAUUGGCCACCAUAAAGAGUUUCAAAGCUGAUGUUUUGCAUGGAGUGUUAGCCCUUUGUUGGAGCAAAUGAUGAAGGGCUAUCACUCAGAACAUCAGCUUUGAUACUCUUUAUGGUGGCCAAUUCACGUUAUCAACUCAGUUGAAAAUACUAAAUUACCCUGUUAUACUCUCCCACUGACACAGGAACACAGUUUCUUAAGAAACUCACCCCUUUUAUGCAUUUGCUGAUAGAUAAUUUUGACAGAUCAUAAUUAAGAACCAAUUGAAAUGGAUAGGUAAUUUAGCUUAUUGUAUAAUCUGUUUCAUAAUGAUCCAAUAAUGAUAAUUUAUGUCUAUUAAAUUGUUUUUUUUUUUUGGUGCAGCUGGUUACAUCAUAGCUCAAAGAAAAGUGCCACAGUUUAUUAUUCCAGACCUGACAGGCUUUGAGGUAACAAAGUUAACCUAACCCUCACACUCCCAUGAGUGACCAAGACAGAAUUUCUCCUUACAAUAUCAAUACAAUAUCAAGCAGACAAGUGAUGAGAAUAAAGAAAAAAUUUCAAUUAGGGGGAGUAUUUGUCGAUCCAAUACCAAAUUCUCCCAACUAACAUAGUAAGAAUUAUAUGGCAACCAGUAGGGAGAAUUACUAGUGUGAUCAUGGGAGUAAAUAGGUUCAAUAAAUUGUUGAAUCUUGGACCAGGAUAUUUUUGAAUAUUUUGCAUACCAAUUUUAUCCUUUUUUGAACAAACAGUUGGCCAGCAGGGCUCACUAAGUUUUGCACUGUCACAAACUCCUAAGUGAAUCUGCAGCAAUAGUGUACAGUGAUGAAAAAUUGCACAAAUGUUUUGUGAAAAAUUAAGAGUUCAUAUUCUUUCUACACUUAAACCGCUUUUAAGGAUAUUUAUGCAGUCAACUACUCCUGAGAACAUCCCAGCAUACAUAGCAACGUAAUUGUAACAAAUAAUCGCCCAUCGCUCUGACGAAGGGCUAACGCUCGAAACGUCAGCUUUUUUACCCUUUACGGUGGCUAAUUUACGUUUUCAACCCAGUUGUUAACACUAAAUUACCUGCUAUACUCUCCCAUCGACGCAGCACCACAGUUUCUUUAGAAACUUACCCCUUUAAUUAUAACAAAACCUGCCUAGAGUGCAUUUUUGCAAACAACCUUCCAAAGUCUGCUGCUAAAUUUCAGCCAGUGUCCACGACUGAAGUUAUGGCGUCCAGAUAAUAUUAUGCAACCAAAUCUUUCAAUUUGUUUCCUUAAGGGAAAACGUGUCACUUUUCUUACGAAUCAGACUUAUUUGGACCUUAAUCAAGAUCGUCAUAAAAGAACACGUUUUACCGUAAGGAUUUAAAGUCAUUUUAAGAUCAGGGGGCAAACUUGUUUUAUCUGUUGGGCGGAACCUGUCUUGAUGGAGGCGAAGUGGUCGAGGGCGAACAUGCUAUGGGGCGACACCUCCAUUAACCAGCGAUUGUUUCAUAUUGGCGCGCUAGGCGCGCGAGAGCUCUUGUAGAAAUGCCACUCUCUCUCUUGCGCGCGUGUUUCUUCUGAUCUCGCGAGCUCCUGCCUCAAAAACUACAGCGCUAAGGUGGCCGGAAAAAAAAAAAAAAAAAAAAAACAGUACAGUUUUAACAGACUUGCGUAUUUCUCUUUUUUCUUCCUCACCAGUUAAAACCAUACGUUUCGAUGAAGGCGCCGAAAACUACAUCACCGGAGUUAACCGCUGAAGAUCUUUUGAAAAAUAUCAAGGAGAACAUUCACCUAAUUAAGUACAGAGAAAUUCCGUGA